AUGAUGACGUCAGAAGUAUGUUCAGGAUCGACAGCUGGUAUAUAAUAGGUCAGGCGAGAGGCAGCAUCACAGUGCACCUUCAGCUUCAUCUGCAAUACGUUCAUCCAACAACUACUUUACAAAAAUGAAACUGUUCGUGAUCGCCGCCCUCGUCGCCGUGGCCGCCGCCGGUCGCUUGGAGCACCUGGAGCGCUCCUACCUCCCCCCCGACAGCAACUCCAUCAGCAGCGGCCGCUCCCUCGGCAGCCACGGCGGCUUCGGCUCCUCCGGCUCCCACGGCGCCUUCGGAGCCAGCUCCGGAAACUUCGGCGCUGGAGCUCGGCAGCAAGGAGCCUUCGCCGGCGCCACCUCCAACCAGUACCUGCCUCCUAACCACGGACCUUCGGGAUCCAACGGAGCUCCUCAGUUCGCUGGUUCUCUCCAAGGUUUCGGUGGUGCCCAGAACUUCCGCAGCCAACAAAACGGUGGUCACCAAGGGGCUUCUGCUCAGCAGUACUCUGCCCCUAGCUCUCAGUACUCUGCCCCCAGCUCUCAGUACUCCGCCCCCAGCUCCCAGUACUCCGCCCCCAGGUCCCAGUACUCUGCCGCCCCAGCUCGCAGUACGGCGCUGCUCGUUCGGCCAGUCUGCCACCAGUCGUCAGUACCUCGCUCCUCGUGCCAGCUCCUCCCAGCAUUCGUGAUCGCUGCCCUCGUCGCCGUGGCUGCCGGAGCUCGCUUGGAGCAUCUUGAGCGUGCUUACCUUCCUCCCUUCGGUGCCAACGGUGGCUCAGCUCAGCUCGGCUCCCAAGGAUCCUUCGGAGGUAACUCCGGAGCCUUCGGCGCAGCUGGUGCUGAUCAGCAAGGUGCCUUCGCUGGUGCCACCUCCAACCAGUACCUGCCUCCUGACCACGGACCCUCUGGAUCCAACGGAGCUCCUCAGUUCGCUGGUUCUCUCCAAGGUUUUGGUGGCGCCCAGAACUACCGCAGUCAGCAAUACAGCGGCCAGCAACAGUACUCUGCCCCCAGCUCGCAGUACUCUGCCCCCAGCUCCCAGUACUCUGCCCCCAGCUCCCAGUACGGUUCCCAGGCCCAGUUCGGUCAGCAAGCCGCCGCCAGCCGUCAGUACCUCGCCCCCCAGGCUUCCUCCCAGCAGUACCCUCAACAAGCCUUCGACGAGGAAACCGGAUACCAUUACUAAGUGUGCAUUGUUUAGCAUGUAAUCUUGUAGGCCAGUGACAUAAUUUUUAUGUGGAAUAAUAGUUGUGUAUAA